UCGGGACGCAGCGUAAGCUACAUUCAAUAUGAAACUGCAGCUAAUAAAAGACAUUUGCAUUUUAGUUUAUCUUGCAAAUAUUUAUCAAAUCGAAGGCAAAGGCAAUUGCUACUAUUUUAGUGAUCAAAAGUUAAGUUGGACUAAAGCCUUAAAGGCUUGUGAAGACAACAACCUAUGCCUGGCCAGCUUCGACAGUGCAGAGGCCUUUAACCAUUUGCGAAAUCAACCUGAUGAACUUAAGGUUGACUAUUGGUUUGGCUUAAAUGGACGUGAGAGGAAUACGUUCAAAUACAUCGCCACAUAUGAGUUAAUCAAGUACUUGCCACCCGGUAGCGAGUUGGAGAUAGAUAAACCCUGCGCCUUCGUAAAACUACUCGACAACAAGAAAUACACAAUCCGGUCGAGUAAUUGCAUUAUUAAAAAAAAGUUCGUGUGCUUCGAUUCGGUCAGAUGCAAGGGCAUAAUUGCUAAUAAGGAAACCGGUUAUCUUACGGAAGUUACUUGUAAAAACUAAACGCAAAAUAAAUAAAUAUUGUACAUAUAUGCUA